AUGAAUCGCAAGCAAGCCCGCCAACGAAAGGACUACCUUUAUCGACGGGCCCUCACCCUCCAGCAAGCAGAGAUUUCAGAGAAGAGAGCAAAGCUACGAGCCUCUCUAGCCUCCGGAAAACCAUUAGAUGCUGCGAUUGCCAACGACAAGACGCUGCGGGAGGAUUACAAGUACGAUGAAUCAAGACCCGAUUUGACGGCAAAUGAGGAGCUUGAUUUGGACGAUGAAUACUCUCAACUGUCUGGAAUUGUUGAUCCACGAGUGCUCGUAACAACCUCAAGAGAUCCUUCCACCAGACUAUCCUCCUUUGCCAAAGAAAUCCGAUUACUGCUACCAACAUCGAUACGACUAAACCGAGGAAAUUUGAUUCUUCCAAAUCUCGUACAAUCUGCACAGGCGUCGGGACUUUCAGACAUUAUUCUGCUACAUGAACAUCGAGGCACACCGACGGCUUUGACUCUUUCGCAUUUCCCACAUGGUCCUACAGUGUCAUUUUCCCUGCACAACGUUGUCCUACGCCAUGAUAUCCCCAACAGCUCCAGAGGGACCGUCUCGGAAUCAUACCCACACCUGAUUUUUGAAGGCUUCACAUCUCGGUUGGGACAACGAAUGGUCAAGAUAUUAAAGCACAUCUUCCCACCAAAGGAAGCCAUUACGAACAAGACAAAGCUGGGUAGCAGAGUGGUAACCUUCAAGAAUAUUGAAGAUAGCAUCGAGGUACGGCAUCACGUCUUUGUGAAAACGUCGUAUCAGAGUGUCGAACUGGCAGAGGUUGGUCCAAGGAUGACGAUGAGGUGUUUUGAGAUCAGGGGUGGAACGUUGGAGAACAAAGAUGGCGAUGUGGAGUGGCGGUUGAACCAGUAUACCAGGACCAGUCGAAAGAAGGAUUAUUUGUGA